AGGAUAGACUGUUAGUAAAACCAUUACGCAGAUCUAGAGGACAAUCUAGAAAGAAACAUAAGGAGGAAAGAUCAACUACACCAUUACCUGGUGUUAAAGAAGAGUCACCAACUAAACCAGAUGUAGUAUUUGAAGAUGCCACAAAGGAAGUUAAACUAUCAGAAAUAUCUUCCUCUAAAGCAGCACCCAGUAAAGUUAUUACUGCUCCUACUCCCUUAACUAAACCAUCAGUUACUCUUAAACCAAGUCCACAAACAGACAGUGUUACUAAACCAGCUAUAACACCCAAAACAGAGGGUGUUAGUAAACCAGCUGUAACACCCAAAGCAGAGAGUGUUACUAAACCAGCUGUAACACCCAAAGCAGAGAGUGUUACUAAACCAGCUAUAAUACCUAAAACAGAGAGUGUUACUAAACCAGCUAUAACACCUAAAACAGAUG